GAAGAUCCCCGUCAUACAGAUGUGUUUAUACCAUAUAGAAUAAUACAUUGAACGAUUCUGAUCGCUUUCACAUGAUCUCAUAAUUUGCAUUUACAGCCAAACAAGUACAGAAAAGUAACUGUUCAGAUCCACCUCCAGCCCGACCAUGUCUGAGCCGGGUCCUGGCUGUGGUGUUCCGGCCCAGAGAGGCUCACAACAGGGUCCAGAAGUGUUGUCAGUGAAGCUGGAGGACUGCAGUCAAACACUGGAACUCAAUGUGAUUGUGAAAGAGGAGGAGGAGAGAGAAAUCAAGGAGGAAGAAAACUGUGACUCGGGAACCAACCCAGACUCAGACAGCAAGCCCAGUCCCACAGCAUCAGGAAAUCAUGAACAAUGCAGACAGAAGCCCCGACCCUGCUGUAGCGACAGUUUUAUUUGUCCAACUCACGUCAAAUCACUCAAACAGACUCCCAAAAUAAAGAAGACAUACCUCUGCUCCCAAUGUGGGAAGAGUUUCAGUCGGACAGGAGACCUAAAGAGUCAUGAGAGAUCACACAGUAAAAAAAAGCCUUACCACUGCGCUCGAUGUGGGGAGGGAUUUACUCAGCUUGGAAGUCUAAAAAGUCAUCAGAGAAUACAUACAGGGGAGAAGCCUUACCACUGCUCCCAGUGUGGGAAGAGCUUUAAUCGUUCAGGAAACCUUAGAGAACAUCAAAGAAUACAUACAGGGGAGAAGCCUCACCACUGCACCCAGUGUGGGAAGAGUUUCAGUCGGGCAGGAAUUCUAAAGAAUCACAAGAGAACUCACACAGGAGAGAAACCUUUCCACUGCUCUGCUUGUGGGAAGAGUUUUACAAGAGAAGUAAGCCUAAAAAAUCAUCAAAGAGUACACACUGGAGAGAAACCUUUCCACUGCGCCACAUGCGGGAGGGGUUUCAGUGAGAAAGUAAAUCUUAAUAGACACGAGCGAGUACAUAGUGAAGAGAAGCCUUACCACUGCACCACAUGUGGGAAGAGCUUUAAUCAUUCAGGAAGCCUUAAGGAACACCAGAGAAUACAUACAGGGGAGAAACCUUACCACUGCACUGAGUGUGGAAAGAAAUUCCGUUUUGCGGGAGAUCUAAAGAAUCACCAGAGAUCACACAGUAGGGAGAAGCCUUACCACUGCUCUCUUUGUGGGAAGAGUUUCAAUCAACCCGGAAACCUAAAGAGUCACCAGCGAAUACACAUACAAGAGAAGCAUACCAGUACUGUCAAUGUGAUUGUCAAAGAGGAGGAGGGUGAGAGGAAAAUCAAUGAUAAGGUAAAGAUAGAAGUUGAGGAAAGUAAUAGUGUAGUUGACUCAGGUACAUCAAGACUACUUGGUCGUGGGAGUUACCCCUGUCCUCAAUGUGGGAAGAAUUUUAGUUCCUCGAGUAAUCUAAAGAAUCAUCAAAGAGUACACACUGGAGAGAAACCUUUUGACUGCUCAGCAUGUGGGAAGCGUUUCCGUGAGAAAGCACACCUUAAGAGACAUGAGAGGGUACAUAAUGGAGAGAAGCCUUACAACUGCUUCGAAUGUGGGAAGAAUUUCCGUCUGGAAGAUACCCUACAGAAACACCAGAGAAUCCACACAGGAGAGAAGCCUCACCACUGCUCUCUUUGUGAGAAGAGCUUUAAUCAUUCAGGAAGCCUUAAAGAACAUCAAAGAAUACAUAGUGGAGAAAAGCCUUACCACUGCUCUCUUUGUAGGAAGAGCUUCCAUCAUUCAGGAACCUUUAAGAAACAUCAGCAAAGACACAUUGGAGUGAAACCUACCUGUAAUCUCAAUGUGAUUGUCAAAGGGAAGGAUGAUGACUGUACACACAAUGUGAUUGUCAAAGAGAGGGAUGAUGACUGUACUCCCAAUGUGAUUGUCAAAGAGGAGGAGGAUGACUGUACUCCCAAUGUGAUUGUCAAAGAGGAGGAUGGUGACUGUACUCUCAAUGUGAUUGUCAAAGAGGAGGAUGACCCAGAUACAUCAAGACUACCUGAUUGUGGUCGUUACCCCUGUCCUCAAUGUGGAAAGAAUUUUAGUUCCUCGAGCAAUCUAAAGAAUCAUCAAAGAGUACACACUGGAGAGAAACCUUUCCACUGCUCUGCAUGUGAGAAGAGUUUCAGUGAGAAAGCAAACCUUAAGAGACAUGAGAGAGUACAUGAGAAGGGAAAGAGAGAAGUUGAGGAAGAGGAGAAAACUGGUAGUGUAGUUGACCCAGGGACAUCAAGACUACCUGGCCGUGGGAGCUACCCCUGUCCUCAAUGUGGGAAGAGUUUCAGUUCCUUAGGUAAUCUAAAUAAUCAUCAAAAAGUACACACGGGAGAGAAGCCUUACCACUGCACCCAAUGUAGGAAGAGCUUCAGUGAGAAAGCAAACCUAAAGAGACAUGAGAUAGUACAUAGUGGAGAGAAGCCUUACCACUGCACCCAAUGUGGGAAGAAUUUCCGUGCGGCAGAUACCCUACAGAAACACCAGAGAAUCCACACAGGAGAGAAGCCUAACCACUGCUAUUUUUGUGGGAAGAGCUUUGAUAAUUUAGGCAGCCUUAAGGAACAUAAAAAAAUACAUAAUGGAGAGAAGCCUUACCACUGCACUCAAUGUGGGAAGAGCUUCAAUUACUCAGGAAAUUUUAAGAAACAUCAAAGAAUACAUAUUGGAGAGAAUCCUACCUUUAUUCUCAAUGUGAUUGUCAAAGAGGAGGAGGAGGAAGAUGGAAAAGAGAGAGAAGUUGAGGUGAGAGAAGUGAAGGAAGAGGCUACAUAAGCUAACUUAGAAAGGAGAGUUAUACCUCAUCUUUGCAAUGCUGUCUUCUGUGUCAGUAUGGGAUUGGGCAGCACCAUUGAGAGCGAUCUCCUUUUUAAAAUAGUCCACAUCUUCUACUUCUAUGAGUGUAUUGGAAGGCAGCAAAUAAACUCAAGAUACCACCUCCUAAUGUGCUGCAGUGUGUACAGUCUGAACAAGAUACCUCUUCCUAAUGUGCUGCAGUGUGUACAGUCUGAACAGGUACAAAGCCAAGGUUGGUGAUUUACUGCUUCCUGCAGUUAUGGAAUGUUAGCUCAGGACUAUAAUUCAUUGGUUGACUCCUCCUCCUGACCUCCUCCUGACCUGGAUGGAAAUAUAGCGUCAUUCCUUAACCCACAGGAAGUCCCAACAUUGACUACUUCAAAAUGGUGAAAGUCCUCAAUGGUGCUGCUCGUUAGUGGAAAAGCCUCACCAUUGCUCUCCAUUAUAUAAAGUAUCUUAUUCACUAAAGCAUGUGAUAAAUAUAUCUGUAUAGAAACUGUGUUCCAGGACACAACAGAUUCAUGCUCGGAGUUCAUUUGACCGUGGGUUGUCGACAGUUGCAGCUUUUAAAAAGGCAAUUUCCGACUGUGCGAACACAUGCAGCAUUUACCACGAAUAAGAAAUAACGCGAUAGUGGGAACAUUGCCUUUAAAAGUCAGAUUGAAUCCCAGCUUCUGUUGAGUCGUGGUAAAAACAUUACAUCUUUCUUCCAUUUAGCAGAAGUCUUUAUCCAAAGAUGUAAAGCACAGACAACACAAACAACAGUAUCUAAACGCAGUAAAAGACCAAUCCAAAGUUGAAACAAUAACAAAGCGAGGCACCCUUGUUUUGGUAUAAAGCUUAGGGAUGGACCUGGAGAAGUGUAACCACUUUCACAUUCAUAGACAGAGUUAUGGACUGACCAUUCAUGAUCUCAAAAUGAUCAUUUUAGCUAUGGACUGACCAUUCAUGAUCUCAAAAUGAUCACUUUAGCUAUGGACUGACCAUUCAUGAUCUCAAAAUUAUAAUUUUAGCUAUGGACUGACCAUUCAUGAUCUCAAAAUUAUAAUUUUAGCUAUGGACUGACCAUUUAUGAUCUCAAAAUGAUCUGCUAUGGACUGACCAUUCAUGAUCUCAAAAUUAUAAUUUUAGCUAUGGACUGACCAUUCAUGAUCUCAAAAUUAUAAUUUUAGCUAUGGACUGACCAUUCAUGAUCUCAAAAUUAUAAUUUUAGCUAUGGACUGACCAUUCAUGAUCUCAAAAUUAUAAUUUUAGCUAUGGACUGACCAUUCAUGAUCUCAAGAUGAUCUGCUAUGGACUGACCAUUCAUGAUCUCAAAAUUAUAAUUUUAGCUAUGGACUGACCAUUCAUGAUCUCAAAAUGCUAAUUUUAACCAUGUUUUAGUCUAUACAGGGUUUGUUUACAUUUACAAUGUUUCCAAACAUUGGAGGAAAACAAGCUUAUAUUUUGUGGUUCUGAUGGAGUGUGACAGUUGAAAUAAUCUUAUGAGGGAUUAUAAAUGAAUAGUUUUCAAGAAUCAAUAGGGAUAUACAGUAUCAUUCAUUUAUAUAAGUCUAAAAAUGUAUGUUACAACAGUAGAUCCCCCUUUAAUCACUACAGUAUCAUAACAUAUUUACAUAUACCAUUACAACUGCAGAUCAUAUACCAUUACAACUGCAGAUCCCCCCCUUUAAUCACUACAGUAUCAUAACAUAUUUACAUAUACCAUUACAACAGCAGAUCCCCCCCUUUAAUCACUACAGUAUCAUAACAUAUUUACAUAUACCAUUACAACAGCAGAUCCCCCCUUUAAUCACUACAGUAUCAUAACAUAUUUACAUAUACCCUUACAACAGCAGAUCCCCCCUUUAAUCACUACAGUAUCAGUACAUAUAUCAUAACAACAGCAGAUCCCCCCUUUAAUCACUACAGUAUCAUUACAUAUACCAUUACAACAGCAGAUCCCCCCUUUAAUCACUACAGUAUCAUAACAUAUUUACAUAUACCAUUACAACUGCAGAUCCCCCCCUUUAAUCACUACAGUAUCAUAACAUAUUUACAUAUACCAUUACAACAGCAGAUCCCCCCUUUAAUCACUACAGUAUCAUAACAUAUUUACAUAUACCAUUACAACAGCAGAUUCCCCCCUUUAAUCACUACAGUAUCAUAACAUAUACCAUUACAACUGCAGAUCCCCCCCUUUAAUCACUACAGUAUCAUAACAUAUACCAUUACAACAGCAGAUCCCCCCUUUAAUCACUACAGUAUCAUAACAUAUUUACAUAUACCAUUACAACAGCAGAUCCCCCCUUUAAUCACUACAGUAUCAUAACAUAUUUACAUACAACAGUAGAUCCCCCUUUAAUCACUACAGUAUCAUAACAUAUUUACAUAUACCAUUACAACAGCAGAUCCCCCCUUUAAUCACUACAGUAUCAUAACAUAUUUACAAAUACCAUUACAACUGCAGAUCCCCCCCUUUAAUCACUACAGUAUCAUAACAUAUUUACAUAUACCAUUACAACAGCAGAUCCCCCCCUUUAAACACUACAGUAUCAUAACAUAUUUACAUAUACCAUUACAACAGCAGA